CUCUUUCUCUCUCUCUUCUACCCCCAUGUGCCAACAACACCAACCAACUGCAGAUUUGUAUUUUUAUACAUGGCGAUGACGAUGGCGAUGAUGAAUCAAUGGAUGAAUAUGAGUAAAUACUAACAAAUCCAGAUAAGUCGGUGGCUGAGAGAGAACCUCCGAUUCUCCCUAUGCCGGUGCCGGCUUCCGAAGCUUAAGCGAGUCAACUCGCCCGCGUCUCGCCCUCGGAGGAUUCGAGUUGCCGGAGUGGAGGAUCGCAGGGGUCUGCGUAUUGGAGAAGAGGUUUUAGAGAGACUGAGGAGGGAGGAGGAGGAGGAUGAUGAACGCGACUGGUUACGGCGGAUUUGAAAGAGAUUGCUUGAGGAAACACCACGCGCACGCGCCGGCGGAGAAUCAAUGCAGCUCCUUUCUGAUCAGGCACAUCAAAGCACCUGUGAAUCUCGUAUGGUCAUUGGUGAGAAGGUUCGAUCAGCCACAGAAGUACAAACCCUUCAUCAGCAGGUGCAUUGCCGAGGAGAGCCUUAAGAUUGGUAGUCUUAGAGAAGUUGAUGUGAAGACAGGCCUUCCUGCCACGACAAGCACCGAAAGGUUGGAGGUUCUUGACGACGACGAGCAUGUCCUCAGUGUGAGGAUUGUUGGUGGCGAUCACAGACUUCGUAAUUAUUCAUCGGUCAUCUCUGUGCAUCCAGAGGUUAUAGAUGGAAGGGCUGGAACGCUGGUGAUCGAGUCGUUUGUGGUGGACGUGCCAGAAGGGAACACGAACGAUGAAACGUGCUACUUUGUUGAGGCAUUGAUCAAAUGCAACCUGAAAUCUCUUGCUGAUGUUUCUGAACGGCUUGCUGCAGCAGUCCAGGACGGCAUGCCAGAAGAUGAAACCAUAGACACUGUUGGGUAAAAAUCCGGUGGCCGUGACCGCUUAUGUGUAUAUGCUUGACACAUUUGGGUGUUUCUUUGGUUAGCUUUGUGUUUUUGCUUAGGUGUUUGUCCAUGUUCCUACUAGGUUAGGUUUUUCAAGUCCCACGGGCUCUCUGAUUGAUUUAGACACCACCACCCCAUUGAAUUAGAGGUGUUAAACUUUUAGUAGUAAACAAGAACGUGGCCUGUGCGUCGUUUUCUUUUUAGAAUUAUUGUGCAGUUUGAUUACAUGUGAAAAUCUCUUGCUUAGUUACAAUUGAUUGUGGUUGGUCCUUAUAAACCAGCAAUGGAUAUAACCGAAUGAAAACUGUUAGAAUUA